AUGGAGGCGCAGGAUGACUGCGGAAAGUGGCGCCAAAUCCCGGCGUUCGGCGACUGGAACAUGUGGGAGGAGAUGCCCGUGACCCAGUACUUCGAGCCGGCGGCCACCUUCUUCUUCACGGCGCAGGCAGGGGAGGACGACGUCGACCUCUUCAAGGUGCCACACUUCGCCGCCAACCCCUACACCUACAAGAAGUGCGUCGUCCGAGUGAAGAAGGGGGAGGAGGACGAGAAGCCGAACGCAAACCCCGGUGCCGGUGCUGUGGCCGGGAGGAGGAAGAAGGGGGGCAGGAAGCAGCAGCAGCAGCAGAACCGCCAGCAAGGGAAGAAGGAGCAGCAGCAGAGGAGGAAGAAGCCCAAGGCCAAGAAGGCGGCGGCGGCGGCGGCGGUGGACGAGGACCUCUACAAGAUCUCCCCCAACGUCAUCUGCAAGGUGCAGAAGAAGAAGUUGCUGAGGAACCUGCUGGGAGGGUGCCUGGGCCUCAACUGCAUCGCCUGA